AUGCUCCAACGGCCUUCUUCUCCUCCUCACGCGAUCUCUUCUCCGUUUUGCAUGGGUCUUGAACAACCGCGUUCACCUCUUCCCAAUUUUGGAUUCUCGUAUAACCGAACUUUCUCUGCUUCAGAAACUUCUUCUUUCUUGGGGACCAAAAUGAUUAACAAAACACUUUUCUUCACUUAUUUAUACUUGUUUGCCUACAUUUUACUUUCUUCUGGAGUCAUUUUGUACAACAAGUGGGUUCUGUCUCCAAAGUACUUUAACUUUCCGCUUCCUAUAACACUCACCAUGAUUCACAUGGGCUUUUCUGGGGCAGUGGCAUUUUUUCUUGUCCGGGUCUUUAAGGUCGUAUCUCCUGUCAAAAUGACAUUUGAAAUAUAUGCAACUUGCGUGAUACCAAUAAGUGCCUUCUUUGCUUCAAGUCUUUGGUUUGGUAACACAGCUUAUUUGCAUAUUUCUGUGGCCUUCAUCCAGAUGCUCAAAGCUCUAAUGCCUGUGGCAACAUUCCUCGUGGCUGUCAUUUGUGGCACUGACAAAGCAAGGUGUGAUGUGUUCUUCAACAUGCUGCUGGUCAGUGUUGGAGUUGUCAUUUCCUCCUACGGAGAAAUUCAUUUUAAUGUAGUUGGUACAGUUUACCAGGUCACCGGCAUCUUUGCUGAAGCUUUAAGACUGGUCUUAACACAAGUCCUUUUACAGAAGAAGGGCUUGAGUUUAAAUCCUAUCACAAGCUUAUAUUACAUAGCUCCAUGCAGUUUUGUGUUUCUCUUCGUGCCUUGGUACCUGCUGGAACAGCCCGUGAUGGAAGUUUCACAGAUUCAGUUCAACUUUUGGAUCUUCUUUUCCAAUGCUCUGUGUGCUCUAGCCUUGAAUUUUUCCAUUUUCUUAGUAAUUGGUAGAACCGGUGCCGUAACCAUCAGGGUUGCUGGAGUGCUUAAAGACUGGAUAUUGAUAGCCCUUUCUACCGUUAUAUUUCCAGAGUCAGCAAUAACAUGGCUGAAUAUAAUUGGUUAUGCUAUUGCACUAUGUGGAGUUGUGAUGUACAAUUAUAUUAAGGUUAGGGAUGUCCGAGCCUCUCAAUCACCUGCUGAAAUUAUUCCCGAUCGAAUGACAAAGGACUGGAAAUUCGAGAAGAGGUCAUUUGACUUUUAUGUGCCAGAUAAUGUUAGUAACGAUGGGGGAAGUGGUGGAGGCAAUGGUUCUCUUUCUGAUAUGAACAUUGAUGAAGAAGCACCGCUAAUUUCUUCAUCAAGGGUGUCUCAUAUUGGACGCAUGCAGCUAGCCAAUCAUGCAACUGGAAAAUGA